AACUUCCACUUACCCUAUAUUCCUGCUCUCUCGCUUUCUCCCACCGAUCUGCCAAUGUCUUCGCAGAUUUAAAGAAAUAUCGUCUCCUGGGUAAGCAUACCAAGAAUCUCUCGUAGACCCUAUUUUAUCAGAAUGUCAGAGACACCUUUUAGACCCAGGGAGAAGCUUAUGGAGAAGCAGAAGCAUUUCCAAAACAUUCACAAAUACACAUACUUUAAAGGACCCUUUGACAAGGUCACUUCAGUUGCCAUUCCUCUUGCUUUGGCAACUACCUCUGUGUUUCUCAUUGUACGUGGAGUCUACAAUAUGUCUCAUGGGAUAGGAAAGAAGGAAUAAGAGCUCGCUCCAAGUUUUAUGAGGGCCCCAUAAGUUGGCCACCUUGGAUCUGAUCAUUUUAUUCAUAUGGUUUUAAAUGGAAGUUGUUGAAGGUUUUCUAUUUCAAUUUUAAUAAUGGCAGUCUCAAAUUGACACAUUUGAACUUAAAAUUUUCAAACUUCCAGGUUUUUGGAAUCUGUGGUAAAGAAUGGUUCAUUCUAAUUACCAUCGCAUUCUUAAUAUGAUUUUGCUUUUUUGUCGCUUUA